AUGCAUGGACUGCUGUUUCCUCAUUUGCAGCAGACUGUGUACAAGUUACCAGUGGCAGCCUACAUCUUGAGUGACUUAAAAUGGAACACCCUAACAACUUUAAACGUAUUCAAUCAAAAUUUCAGUGGGAGCUUGGAGAAAAUCCUGGUGCUAAGCCUAUUAGACAAGCACGUCCUGGAGCAAAGCCUGUUAUACCAGCAAAACCAAAUAUUUCACUUGCAAAUGAACGUUUUUUCCAGAAGCCACUACCAAAAGCUAUAUCUUCUCCAGAAUUAGUAAGCUCGCCCAAGACUGACCCUUUCAAGGCUACAGGGAGUCAGUUACAAUUACACCAAAGUUUCUCAUUUCGAACUAACUCUGCAAGCCAUCAGGAAGCAUCUCUCAAAAGACCUUCACUGCCUGUUAUUAAACCUUUACCGGUGCCAAAGCCACCUGGGAACUUUUCACGUUAUACAAAUACUGCAAAUAUUCAUGUUACUGCUGUAACAACUAAUAAGGCAAAAUUUGGAAAGUCCAACCCACCUAGGCUAAAAAUUUUGCCAAGUGAAGCUGUUCUCGGACUUAAGCCAAGAAAACCAGCUCGACCUCCUUUCGUAGAUCUGGAGAAAUUCAGAAGAUCAAACAUUGACUCUGGCGAUUAUGUUACAAUGAAAAGUUUUGCAGUUCCAAUUCAGCGACAAUCACGAUUAACCACUUCACAGUCGCAACCUAAUCUCACCACUUGCUAUCCAGCACCUUAUACUCGUAAUUCACUCAGAGUUCUGGUGGUGUGA